AUGGCAGCCGUAAUAGCAAGAGCGCCCGCGAUUCAUGAACGAGCGUCGACUCCACCUCCACACCUGACACUGAACACCUCGUCGAGGGGCACACCAGCUGCGGUUCCUAAUAAGCAUAUACCAAUAUGCUCUCCAGGUCCAAGACCUAUCCGCGGCCUUGAAACACCGCCAGCCUCUCCACCAACGAAAAACCCGCUCGAGACUUCUACCAUUACUUAUCCGCCAGACACCUUCGCUCGCCUUGUUGAAGAUCCGCCCGUAUACUCCAUUGAUGCAAACACAGUGGCCAGGGCUUUGGAUCAGGUAGCCACACAACCGCUUCCAGACCCGAAGCUGGUAUUUCCCUGGCUUCAUGGCCUACAUGCCGAGAACCAAAUACAACUGGCUUUCUUUGUCGCCAGGCGGAAGGCAUUGCGGAGGGUACCGAAGUGUAUCCGAGGGAUCACAGUUGUCAAAGCUGGGGGAGACCUGAGCUCAUCGAAACUGAAAGGGGCAAUAUCGCCUGCGGAGGUGCUUCUUGCCGAGACCGGCUGCAACGACUCUGGCGAGUUCUUGGAGUGCGACCCGAAGGAUGGGUUCUCGGUUCGGAACUUUCAGAUACAGGCUUGCAAGAUGGCUACCGUAUCGGACAUCAUCGUCUACGGUGAUCAGCAGACCUCGAAAGACGACGUGUCACGGCUAGCAAAGCGAAUAGCACGGGCACAGAAGGCUUGCAGGGAGAAGCACGCAGUAUCCGGCUAUGAUAUUGGCUUGUUCAAUACGUUCGUUGUAUCGGAUUCAUUCGACGUGUUCGAGCGGGAACACAAGGACCUUGUGGCAGUGGAUGCGAAGGGUGUCAUGACUGGCAACGUAAUGGACUUUUUUUACUGGGAGCGCCUAGAAAUGUGCAGCAUGUCCAAGGCCUCGGAGAUCAGCCAAAAUGUCUUCCUUGGUCCCACACCAGAUUCCACACUCGAUCCAACGCUAGUCAAUGAGCCAGGGUUUGACGUGACGAUUGAAACAAGCGACCUAGCACAGGUUCCGGAUUCACGGUCGCUGAAAGCUAUGCGCCAGGUCCUUGUGGGCUCGGAGAACGCGCCGGUACACCUCGAGUUCCCGUCGUCGGGCAGCAUCAUGCCACCCACCUGGUCGCAGGCUGAGGUUGACGGGCUCAUGGAGACAUGCCGGUGGAUCUAUGAGAUCGCAAACCCCGAGGUGCCCAGUGAUGCACCGGUGGAGAAAGAUAGCGAUGGUGACAGCAUUAUGCUUACUUCUUUGUCCAAGCCGAAACGGAUACUUAUACACUGCACGGACGGAUACACUGAGAGCUCGCUCCUAGGCCUCACAUACUUCAUGUAUGCCGAAGGUUUAACGGUUCACGAGGCGUGGGUACGGCUACACAAGCAGAAAGGCCGGAACUUCUUCGCCUACCCAUCCGAUGUCGCGCUCUUGACGAGCAUUCAGCCGCGGAUCCUGCAGGAAUCUCCUCGCUGGCGAGGCGAUGUGCUACAUCUUCAGGAGCCGAAGUGGCUCUCCCGCAUCGACGGCAGUCUUCCCAGCAGGAUUUUGCCAUACAUGUACCUUGGCAACCUCAACCACGCGAACAACCCAGAUCUUUUGAAAGAGCUGGGGAUUACGAGGAUAUUGAGUGUUGGCGAGCCGAUCUCAUGGCCGCAGAGCGUUCGCGAGCAAUGGCCAAGUGAGAACAUGCUCUUCAUCGACCGGGUGCAGGAUAAUGGUGUCGACCCCUUGACGGAUGAGUUUGAUAGGUGCCUCGAAUUCAUCGAACAAGGCAAGCUCGCCAACACCGCCACUUUGGUCCACUGUCGCGUCGGCGUGUCACGCUCGGCGACAAUCUGUAUCGCGGAGGUCAUGAACGAGCUGGGCUUGUCAUUUCCUCGAGCAUACUGCUUCGUCAGAGCAAGGCGUCUCAACGUCAUCAUACAACCGCACCUUCGCUUCACUUACGAACUCAUGAAAUGGGAUGAAUCUCUGCGCUUGAAGCGCGGCCAACCGCUACGACGCGAACUCGAAUGGGCAACUGUAGCCCGCGAGAUCGCACUCAUGAACAAACCUUACUCACGACAGUGA